AUGGCUGAGGUUCAAAUUCAAGAAGAGGAAUUCAUUAAUCCUGAUAUUGAGGUAUUUAUUUCUUUCUUUGAAAAUCUUAAUAUAAAUUGUGAAUAUGACAUUUAUAAUGAGUACACAAGUGAGAAUUAUGGAAACAUCGAUGUCAGUUUGAGUUUGGAGGAACCCAUAAGCCAUGGUCAAACAUUAACACAGGAAGAAACAGAAACAGAAACAUUAAGACAGCAACCAGUAGGUAGUAAGAGGGAACUACCAGUUCAGACCAGAAAGUUAAUUGUACAACAGUUAACUAGUUUGUCUACAGAAUCAGAUAGACGUUUGCCACGGGGUACAAUUAAAACAAUUGCAAUGCAACAUAACACAUCAAGGUGGACAAUAGCAAGGCUGUGGGAAUCAGCCAAAACAUCAAUGCAAAAUGGCAUUGUAAUUGAUGUUAAUAGUAGAAAAAGGGGAAGAGUUGGUAGGAAACCAAAAGUUUUUGACAUGAAUUUGCUGAAUGUUGUUCUGAUUGAAAAGAGGACCACAAUUAGAGCAAUGGCCUCUGCAUUAGGCAUUGGUCAUUCACAAGUUUAUAGAAUGAUGAAAUCCGAUGAAAAAUGGUUCUACAUGAGUAGGGCAACACAAAGGUAUUAUUUAUUUCCUUGGGAAGAGGAAAAACCAUAUAGAUGUGUGCAUAAUAAAAAUUUCAUAGGCAAAGUGAUGUUUAUAGCAGCUGUUGCAAGACCUCACAUUAAUUCUACAGGUGAAGUGUUGUGGGAUGGGAAAAUAGGAAUUUUUCCGUUUACAGAAACUUAUUAUGCAGUGAGGAGGUCAGAAAACAGACCAGCGGGUACAGCAACAUUACGAGCAAUAACAAGAGUUACACGCGACAUUCUACGAGACAAACUAAUCACUGAAGUGCUACCAGCAAUAAGAUCAAAAUGGCCAGCAAAUGGGGUGAAAGAUAUAUGGAUUCAACAAGAUAACGCCAAGCCACAUAUUUUAAUAAAUGAUCAUGCAUUCAAUGAAGAAGCAAAGAAAGACGGAUUUAACAUAAGACUUGUUUGUCAACUAGCCUCUAGUCCAGAUAUGAACAUCUUAGACUUGGGAUUGUUUAGUGCUCUGCAAUCAAUUCAAUUCAAAUCAUUUUCCAAAGACCUCAAUGAUCUGAUAAAGGCGGUGAAUGAUGCGUAUGACACUUUUGAACCAAAGCUUUUAAACUACACUUGGAUACAAUAUCAACUAUGCAUGAUAGAGGUACUAAAAGCUAAAGGCGGUAAUAACUAUAAGAAUCCACACAUUGGAAAACAGAGACUGGACAGGCUGGGUCUGCUGCCCAGGCAAUUAGAAAUUCCACAAGAACUAAUUGAUGCAGCACGCCAAUUUUUAUCUCAUGGUAUAAUUAAUCUCAAUGAUCUUCCGCAAGAUGAUUGA